AUGGCUGAGCAAAAGUCGCGACGGGCGUAUAAACACGAACGCCAGGCGACCUACUCUGCACUUGUCAAAGCCGUCGCUACCAACAAGGCUGCCUUGACGUUGCUUUCCCUAUCGAGUGACCCUCGCCCUCGCCUCGAAUUCACUGCACUACUCGUAUCUGUUCUCAAGUCCCUUGAUAUACCCCGCCCUGCAGGGGACAUCUUCUCGAACUUCAUCUCCUGGUGCCGCCCAGUUCAGGCCGAGGUUCCAGCCGAGCUCAGAACCAUCCUCAUCCAGCGCCACCGCGAUGUCGAGGUUCGCAGACAACUCCAUGCCGAACUCACUGCAAUUUUACAUCUGAAGCGGUUGAGCGAGGACGAGAAGCAGGCGUGGCUCUCGGAGCAUGUGCGCGAAGUGCUAGUUGACCCGCUCGAGGAGCCAUACCCGAAGUACCACCACUGGAUCGCCGAAACACCUGAGAUCGCUGAGGCUUGCGCCCCGUGGAUCAAGAGGGGUAAGCAGGCCGACAAGCGACAUAAGCGACACCCCAUUGUCUCUGAACGCCUAGACAAAAUUCCGAAUGUCGUAGAGGCGCAUGAAAGCGUCAUCUUCCGAGACAGGAAGACACGAAAAAUCGUCAUGGUCGUGAUUCGCAAUAUCUGCAACGACACGAAGGUCAUGCAGUAUGCUGAUCGCGUAGUUGGAGAGGCAAUGGAUAUGAGAAAGGGAGGCAGGCUCGAGGACCAAGGAAAGCUCGUACUGCUCGGAUAUACUGCAGGAGCGCGGAGCCAGCCCUUGUUUGACUGGUCGCGGAAUCUGCAGUCCCAGAAGCACUCGGCCGAUUUCAUCCAGGCCCACGACUAUCGAGUCUCGUCCAUUUUUGCUCUGUUCUGGAAUCUUAUCCAGUCGCAUCUCCCCGACGAGGUUCUCGCCCCCGUCGAGUCGUAUCUCACCAAGAAUGGGAUCUGCCGUAUGGAUUCCAACACAAAGCGGCUGGAGAAAACAGGAACGUACAUGGUCGAAUGGGGCGAUGAAUAUAUCGAAUUCAAUGAAGCUGAACUCGCACCACCUUCGGGAGUUGCAGGGUGCAACUAUGCUCGGGAGAAGCAGCCCCAGCAAUGGGCCUUCUCAUGGACGACGAGUCGGCGCGAGGGCAUGGUACACGGCGGCAACUUUUACGAAGCGAUCUAUGGAGUGAAGGUGUGCCAGGCACCCAACACGAUGGUCGCUUGGAUGCCCGAGCACGACCACGGCACGAGCCUCCUCGACUGCGGUCGAGGCAGAGUCCCUAAGGGUGGGCGGGACUUCGACCAAGCUGGUAUCGCUCUGGUCACCAGCACGCGCCUCGCGAAGACCUGGCACACCUACCUGGCCGACCAAGACCUCGUGAAGGCGACAAACGAGUGGAUGGCUGAGGCAGAGGAGGAUGUCGAUGAGUUCUGUGGAGAUCCUCUAUAUUUGCAUGUAGUAACUUAG